UUGGGCCGCAGCAGGAUGAAACGAGAGAAAGAGAUAGGCGGCGAGCCCUGCAAAUGCAGGAGAGCUCAAGGAGUCGGGGCGUUCAAAUCCGAUCUCAAGGUUCGUUACCGAUCUCUUGCUCUCAGUCCGCUCUGCAAUUUUUGUUGGUUUCUUGUCCUUAUAUCCCUCUCCCAUCCCUGAACGCACAUCCCUAUCUCAAUUCGUUAUUAUUCAUCUUGUUUGGAAACCCAUAUAUUAUACACAUAUAUAUACAUUUCAUUAAUUCUUUCCAUUUUUUCGAUUCCUUUCUUCUUUCAUUUUCCGAUUUUGUUGCGGCGUUUGUCACACUUAUCAGUCGCUCGCACGCAUGCGGGAUGACUUGAUUGCAUACGUGGACGACAGGGAUGGACAGGGAUGGGAUAGAUGGAUGAGGAUGGCUGCAUCGACAUCGUCGUCGUCUCCCUCAUCACCAUCGUGUUCUGGGUCCGGAUCGCUCUCCCACUUGAAACAAUUCUAACCCUUCUUCGAUCCCUGGUCUCCUCCGUUCCCUUAUGGUUCUCAUCUCCUAUACAUUAUGCUAAUACCAUUUUGUGCAUCAAGUAGAAUCCACAACACUCAUCCCCGAUCCAUCUUCAAAUUCCUCUUUGUCAUCGUCGUCAGCCCCAUAUAUAACCCAUCACCGCUCUCACCACAAACAUCGUCACCCUCAU